GUGUUUUUGGUUAUACUUUCUCCCAGCCUGCUCCUCUUUGCAUGAUGCACCAUGAGUUACUUUCUGUCCUACUGCAAAGCUCACGGAGGCGCCAUCCUCACCCACUACCAGCUCCUGCGCGACGAGGGGUUCCUGUGCGACGUAAAGCUGGAGGCUGAAGGCAGCGAGUUCCCGGCGCACAGGUCGCUUCUGGCGUGCUCCAGCGACUACUUUAAAGCUCUAUUCAAGAGUUACACUCAAGAAUCUCGGGCUCCUGUUAUUCACCUGCAGGUGCCAUCAGCCACCGGCCUACAGCGCCUCCUGGACUUCAUCUACACUGCCUGGCUGCCUCUGUCCAUGGACACCCUGGAGGACACUCUGGAAGCAGCCAGCUACCUCCAGGUGAACGAGGCCGUGGUCUUGUGCAGCCGCUACCUGGUGCGUCACCUGGGCCUGGAGAACUGUUGCUUCGCGGCCAACCUCGCCUCCCGCUUUGGCCUGGCUGACGCGCUGCCAGCGGCUGAAAGCUUCAUCGGGCGCCACAUGCGAGAGCUGCUGGACAGGGGCCCGGAGGUAGCCGGGCUUCUGGAGCUCAAUUCGAGCUCUCUUAGGGUAGUGCUGGGCUCCCCCGACGUGCCUUACGUGGACGAGGUCCGGCUAUUGAACUUGGCGCUGAGUUGGUUGCAGCGGGAACCCGCGGCAGAACGCCUGCCGCACUGUUGCAGUCUCCUGGAACGCAUUCGCUUUGGCCUGGUGCCCUCCGAAGUGCUCCGACAGGUCUAUUCCGGCUCGGGCCUCAGCCUUCCCGCUCGGGUCAAGGGCCUAAUUAUCCAGGCUCUUAGCUACCACACAGCCACCUCUCGCCAGCCCCUCAUGCAGAGCGAGCAGACGAGCUGCAGGAGCCCCAAAACGCGUAUCUUACUGGUCGGGGGGCGGCGGGCCAGGGAGGAAGUGACUCAAGGUGCUGAAGAUGCUCAGAUCCCUCAACAGGAGGAUGGAGGUGGUAUUGGCGGAGUUGCAGAGGAACAGGCAGAAGAAGAGGUGCAUCCCGAGGAGGUGGAUGAUUGGGAACUGACCCAAGACGUGGUCUCCUUCGACGUGUACAACCACCGCUGGCGUAACCUCACCAGGCUGCCCGCCCCAUUGCAGGGACACUGCGUGUGCACUAUAGGCAACUUCCUUUACGUGCUUGGAGGGGAGACCCCCGCAGACAGCUCCGCUUCUCUUUCUCCCACUGUCCCACUGGAGGUCACGGCCCAAGUGCACCGCUAUGACUCGCACUUCCACGUGUGGGCAUCCAUGCCUACCAUGAAGGAGGCCCGGGCUCACUUCUGGUGCGGCCCUGUGGGCGACAGCCUUUUAGCCGUCGGGGGUGUGGGCGCAGACGGGUCUGCUCUGGCCUCUGUGGAGAUAUAUGACUUGGGCCGAGACCGCUGGACAGUGGCCGGGGAGUUACCACAGCCAGUGUAUGGUCAUGCCGGGGCCAUAGGGACCUGUGGCACCGUGUAUAUAUCCGGGGGCAAGCUCGGAGGGCGGCCAGAGGAUGGUAGUUUGGGACGGGGUGGCAGCAUCCGGGACGUGUACGCUCUCAGCCCAAGGGAGAAGGUGUGGAGUAAGAGAGCACCGAUGAGCAUCGCCCGCUUUGGGCACCACAUGGCUACGCUGCGCGGCGCGGUGUUUGCUUUUCUGGGGCGCUAUGAGCUCUUCUCAGAAAUCGAGCGCUACGAUCCCGGGGCCGAUCAGUGGACUCGGUUGCGGCCUCUGCUCUAUGAUCGCUUCUGCUAUGGGCUAGCCGUGGUGGAGGAGACCGCGCUCUUGCUAGGUGGGCUAAAGUGGCAAGAUUCCAGACAAGUGCCCACUCGCAACGUGGUAGGCUAUGAUUUGGACCUUGACUGCUGGGAGGACAUUGGCUGCGACAUGCCCCAAGCCUGGAGCGGCCUCAAGUGUGUGGUGUUGCAAUUAGCAGAAGAGGAGGAAGAGGAAAGUGUGGAAAAGAUAAAGAAAGUGGAAAUACAGGCUGAGGUGCAUUAAAUGAAGCGCUUCUCAUUUCAGGAGAAAUGAUGAGGAAGUUAUGAAAUUGGGUGUUUCUGACUAGCAUGCUGUCCCCAGAAUGAUAUUCUUUCUCUUACAAUAGCUCUUUAAACUUUAUGAGGUUCCAGGGACUGGAAGGGUGGGGACAAGCAGACAGAAGGAGGUACUAAACAGAAGGCAGUUUCAGCUGAACCUUAAGUCCUAGAAGUACCCUACAAAACUGGCAGAAUAGGAAGGAGUAAAAGAAGACAAGGAAGAAGGAAGAUAAGCUUUAGCUUCAGCAAUCUGAUUUCUUGGAAAAAAUUCUUGGGUUAGCAAAGUAAUUAUCUUCUUUUAUUUUUUUUUAAAAAAACCUAUCACUUAAAAUUGAGAUUUACAAGAUAUUCAAUGGUAAUCAUCUUUGUGCCAAAGCUAAAAAAAACAAAAAACAAAAACCAAAUAAAAAGCAAGAGCAAAGCCACUCAAGUAUUGGAAAAAGUGAGCAAUUAAUAGACCUUAAAGGAUGGCAUUAUUCUAUAAAAUAGGUGAGUCUUCACCAAAGGGCAUAAGACUGUUGGAAGGGAACUAUGAUUUUACACAUCAUAGCUAUAAUUGUGAUGAUAUCCUAUUUAAUAUCUUAUACAAAUAUCUAACCGAGAGAGAGAAAAAUCUCUGGGAAAGUAACUUGUGAUGGUAAGACCUUUGGAUAGGCUUAAGGUUUUUUUUUUUUUUUUCUGGCUUGGUUUUGUAUAGAAUUUUAGUUUUGUUGACACAUGAAUCAUUAGUGUUUAUAAUGAAGAGGCUUAAGAUGUGGGUCUAACAUUAAAUAAAAUAUUUUCUGUA